UCUUCCUGGAUACUGAGGCGCGCGGAGGCCGCGUACACCUGCGGCGAAAGAGCCGGGGUCAACUGCACGAGGGCUAGGGUUUUGGACCCGGGGCCCAGGGGUACGUCCGACGCCCGGACAGGCUCUGCCGCUGGAGGCUCCGCCCCCGAGGACGCCCAACUUCUCGGUCCCCGGCUCUUGCCGUCCCCUGAACAUCACCUGCCUCUUCCCUCCUCCCUCCUGGGGCCUCCUGCCUGUUGGACCAACUCAGUCUGUUCCUUGUUUCUCGCCUGCUGAGGACUUAGGGUCUUUGUGACCCCACUGAGCUGCCGGGGUCUCUGUAGGCCCCCAUGGGAGAGGCCCUGCCCUACUGCCUUUCCUUGGCUUCCUGGCUCCAGCUGGUUUCUGGUGAGUCCUGUCUAGGAAUUUUGGGGGAAGCCCUUCCUGCACUCCAGGGACAUGGAGGAGUUCCGGCGCGCCUACAGCCGGCUGUGCAAGGAGAGUGGAACAGAACCCCAGGAGACUGUGCUACAGCAACUGCACCAGCUGCCGCAGGGCCGGCUGGACCUGGCCACACAGAGCCUGACAGUGGACACCUGCAGGGCUCUGGGCAAGCUGCUGCAGAAGGAGUCACUGCUGACGGAGCUCAUCCUGAGUGACUGCAUGCUGAGUGAGGAAGGGGCCACACUGCUGCUGCAGGGGCUGUGUGUCAACACUGCCGUGCGGUUUCUGGAUCUCAAGGGCAAUAACCUUCGAGCAGCAGGGGCCGAGGCACUGGCAAAACUCCUCCGACAGAACAAGUCCAUUCAGAGCCUCACCCUGGAGUGGAACAACCUGGGCACAUGGGAUGAAGCCUUUGCCACCUUUUGCGGGGCCCUGGCAGCCAAUGGCGCCCUGCGGCAGCUGGACCUCCGCAACAACCAGAUCAACCACAAGGGCGCCGAGGAGCUGGCCCUGGCCCUGAAGAGCAAUGCCAGCCUCCAGCAACUGGACCUGCGCUGGAAUCACAUUGGCCUCCUUGGGGGCCGCGCCCUGGUGAACUGUCUCCCCAGCAACAGAACCCUGUGGAAGCUGGAGCUGGCUGGGAAUAACAUCCCGGGCGACAUCAUCAGAGCCGUGGAGCAAGCCAUGGACCACAACCAGGACCGGCAGACCGUCUUCCGGGAGAGUCAGGCCCGUGCCCAGGUGCUCAGCAAGGAGGUGCGGCACCUCCGGGAAGAGAAGUCCAAGCAGUUUCUGGACUUGAUGGAGACGAUCGACAGACAGAGAGAAGAGAUGGCCAGGAGCAGCAAGGCAUCAGCUGCACGUGUGGGGCAGCUUCAGGAAGCCCUGAACGAGAGGCAUUCCAUCAUCAAUUCCCUCAAGGCCAAACUGCAGAUGACGGAGGCCGCCCUGGCUCUGUCGGAGCAGAAGGCCCAGGACCUGGGGGAGCUCCUGGCCACCACAGAGCAGGAACAGCGGAGCCUGGCGCAGAGGCAGGCCAAGGAGCACAGGCUGGAGCAGCAGGAAGCUGCAGAACGGGAGUCUAAGCUCCUCAGAGACUUGUCUGCUGCCAAUGAAAAGAACCUGCUUUUGCGAAACCAGGUGGAUGAGCUGGAGCGGAAGGUGAAAUCUCAGCAGGAGCAGCUGUUCCUGACCAAAACGGAGUUGACCAACACUACGGCUGAGCUGAAGAUGCGGGCCAUCCAGGCUGAAGAACGCCUGGAGCUGGAGAAGAACAGGUCCCGGCAGAGCUUGGAGGACGCGGAACAUCUGCGCUUCAAGGAGGUGGAGCACAUGACUCGCCACCUGGAGGACAGCGAGAGGGCCAUGCAAGAGAGGGUGCAGAGGUUGGAGGCUGCGCGGCUGUCCCUUGAGGAGGAGCUGAGCCGGGUGAAGGCCGCGGCACUCAGUGAGCGAAGCCAAGCCGAGGAGGAGCUCAUCAAGGCCAAGAACCAAGUCCGCCUGGAGGAGCAGCAGCACCAGGCUCACCUGGAGGAGAAGCUGCGGCUGCUGGCACAGGCACGAGACGAGGUCCAGAGCACCUGCCUGCAGCAGAAGCAGACGGUGGCCGAUGCCCAGGCGCGGGCCAGCCAGCUGGGCAUGCAGGUGGAGAGCCUGAGGCGGCGCCUGGAGGAGCUGCAGCAGGAGCUGAGCAACAAGGACCAAGAAAAGGUAGCUGAGGUGACGAGGGUGCGGCUGGAGCUGCAAGAGCAGAAUGGCCGCCUGCAGGCCGAGCUGACGGCCCAGGAAGCACUGAAGGAGAAGGCCGCGGCCCUGGAACGCCAGCUGAAAGUGAUCGCGAGUGACCACCGGGAGGCGCUGCUGGACAGGGAGAGCGAGAAUGCCUCUCUCCGAGAGAAGCUUCGCCUUAAAGAGGCUGAGAUCGCCCGGAUUCGGGAUGAGGAGGCCCAAAGGGCCAGCUUCCUGCAAAAUGCUGUCCUGGCUUAUGUGCAAGGGUCCCCCCUGAGGACCUUGAGCCCCCAGAAGUGAGGGGGCAGGGAAAGUCUGAGAGCGGCAGGUCGGACAUGUGUCUGACGACUGCCCCUCCCUUCUUCACCAGGAACAGGCCACUGGCAAGUCUGGGCUCUUUGCGCAGAGUCGACAGCCAGUAACGUGGAAAAUCAGUGCUGGGCAGGAUCUGAGAGCAGGACAGCCGCAGCUGACAACCAGGGUGCCUGUCUGGGUGGUUGGGGUGGUCCAGAACCUGGCUGGCCAAGAGGGCCUUCCCCACUCUGUCAUCCCCAUCACAGGGAGUGACAUGCCUGAGAACAGACCCAAGAAGGGAGGAGCAAUGUGUGAGCUCUCCCGGCUCCACCCACCGUGGUGCAGUCACCUUUCACAAGCAGGAGCUCUGCAGGCCCAACUGCUCACCCCAGGGUAUUUUGAAAUACAGAAUUUUGCACUUUGUGAUA